UGUCGCCAUGGGAACGGAGGACGCUGCUAGUUGCGGCGGGGCCGGCAGCAGCCGCGCAGAACUUCAAAUCAUGAGUGAGGCUGGUGAAGAAAGUUCUAGUUCCAGUGGCACAGAAUCGGCAAUCGAGGAGCAAUCCAUCUGUGGUAUAGUUCCAACAGUUUACAGCCAAGAUGAGGGGUCCACUGAUGUAACAGCAAGUCCUGCAUUUCAGUGUUUAGAUGAGCUGUUUUCUGCUGGAAAAAUCGAAUGCACCAGAGUAGCAGAGCUGAAGGGAAAGUACACCCUGCUGCAUAAGACUGUGAUAAGUUUACAGGAAUCUGAGAUCCAGCUGUUGCAAGAAGCCAAACGUCUUAGUGUAGAACUGGAACAACAACAACAUGAACUGGAAAAAGCAGAACAGUUCCCUGAAGAAUCCUCCAGUGAAAUUUUACAAAUAAGGAAACAAUUUCUUAGUUGCCAAAAUGAAUACAGUGCUAUUAAAGAAAGAGAAUCUGACAUUCAGUACAAGAUAAAAUGUUUGCAAGAAGAAAAGAGUCUUUUGGAAAGCGAAUAUGCAAGAAUUCCAAAAGACAGGGGAACAGAUAAGAAAAUUGAACAGUUGAAAGAAAAUUGUGAUGAGCUCUGCAAAGAAGUAAACCAAAGGAAAGCGGAAAUUAAUGCAAUAAAGGAAGAUGUUUCAUCCAAGAAAAAGCUGGUGUUGAUAGAUAAGAAAGAAAUGGAAAAGCUUCUAGAGAAGCAGGCUAAUUUAAAAGAUGAGCUAGUAAGGAUCCUUGGUGUUCCAGUAAAACUUGGAAAAGAAGCUGAGAAAAUAAAUUGGACAAAAAACAAUGAAGAGAAGAAGAAAAAAGCCCUUGAUGACCAAAUAGGAGAGGUAAAUGGUACCCUGAAAGCCAUUGAAAACAAGACUGAAGAGAUUUUGCAAGAAAGAGAAGCUAUAAUGAAGGAAUUGGAUGAGAAAAAUAUUUUGCUAGAAAGCAAAGAACGAGAAUGCAGUACUUUGGCAAAAUUACUAGAAAUUAACAGAGAGAAAGGAUUGGUGAUCAUAGCAGAGAGAGAAGCUCUGGAAAAGGCUUUGAAUAAACGUGACUUGGAGAAAAAAGAGCAAGAUGAUAUUCUCAUUCACAAGCAAGCACAGAAGGACAGAGAGCUGAAAACCUUAAAAAAGAUGGAGUUACAAUUGAAUACGAUUUUUGGUGCCUUGGAACAAGAUAAGUUACAGCAUAAAAGACUCAAAUUAGAGGCAGAAGCUAUUGCUAAAAGUAGUGGAUUAUUAUUAGAAAGACGACAAGAACUGCAGAAAGAAGUUGAAGUGAUCAAGAGAAGUUUAAUAGAACAGGAAACGAUAUCAGGUAUGGAUGCCCACGGGUUACAAGAAUGCAUUGCUGAAGAAGGCUUGCUUUACAAAGAGCUGGAAAAAAGCAGAAAAGAGUUGUCCAGACUUGCACAUCUGAUACGGCUCAAAGUUGAAGAGAGGGAACAGAAAUCUAGGGAUGUUCAGAAAGUCCAGAUACAACUCCAAAAUGUUAUUAAAGAAUUAAAAAGAAAGGAUCUUGAAAUAAAAGACUUUGAAAAGAGGGGAAGAAAAAUCCAAAAAGAACUCCAAGGACUUGCUAAAAUAAAUGAGGUUGUUCAAAAUGAAAGGAGUAAAUGUAUGGAUUUGGUGCAUGCUGCUCAUCAGAAAGCAAAUGAAAUUAAAAAACGGGUAAAAUUGAUAGAAAAGGAAAUAGAAAAUUUAAGGAAUACUCUUAUAACCAAGGAAAGAAAAUUGCAGAAACAACAGCUGAAGAAUACAAACAAUAUAGCGAUUAUAGACAGUCUCAAAAGUGAUUGCCUCAAAAUUCUGCAAGCCAUGCAAGAGGUGAAAGAGAAGAAAGAGCAGCGGUACUCAGUUCUUGAGAGACUCACCACUACAGUCACCCAAAUUGAAGAGGAGCUUGUGCAGCUACACAAAAGAUAUGAAAGAGCUCUUCAGCAACAAAAUGAGAGUGGCCUUCUGCUCAGAGACCGGGAAGAAGAAUUGUGCAUUUUAUGUGAAAGGAUACACACACAAGAGAUACUGUGUAGAAAUGGAGAUCUUGAGAUUCAAGUUAUGGAUGAAAAGAUCAAAUUUCUGAAGGUGAAGGUAGAUGAGAAGAAGAGAGAGAUUGAAUUAUUGCUCAAAACGCUCCCAGUAAAGAAAGCCCUGGAUGCACAGCUGGUGAUGCUUCAGAUACAGCAUUCCCAGUGCAAGGACAGGAUUAAACAGAUGGAGGAAAUCUCUGCUGACCCCGCAAAUAAGAGCAGAAAGCGAGAACUGGGAGGGAAGGACCCAUCUCCACCUGAGCUGCUAAAAAAGAUUGAGCAGCUGGAGAUGGAGCUGGUGCAGAAGGAGGAGAAGUUGCUGGAGACAGAUCUUCUUUACGAGCACCUUUCCCGGCUGCUGAGCAGAGUCCAUGCCGCAGCAGAGGACAGGAAGAAGGACACGCUGCUGACAGCUAAGAGGACAAAUGACACGAAGAAGAAGAUAAAGGCAAGAACUCAGAAGAUGAUGGCUCUUGUUGCAGAGUUAUCCAUGCAGCAAGAGCUUGCCAUUAAACUCCAGCAGGAAGUGAGAGACAAGGAGCAAUUUUUGAUGAUUGUUUCAUCAAGGAUAGAUCAAGGCCUUCCCCCUCCUGAAGAAAUAGAGAACGAGUGUUUGAAGAUACUACGCAAUGAGAAGAUGCAAAAAGAAGCAGCUGAAGCCAGAGCUAAACGCGCUGCAGAAGAGGAACAAGCUGCAGCACCCGGCUACAUCCGCACAACAGCCGAGCCACGGCCCACCGCCUACAUCCCCGAUGACGAGCACAGCCUCCCGCUGCCGCGGCCCUAUGGUGCUCUGGCUCCCUUCAAACCAGCUGAGCCUGGGGCAAACAGGAGGCAUUUCAGGAAACCUGUGGUGAAGCCAAUCCAAGUCUGAACAGGCAGCACCUGAGGCAGCAGAGACCAUCGCCGGCUGCUGCAUCCCAAGGGUCAACAGCAUUUACACUACACUGAAAGCAUGUCUGUUGUCAUUCAGCCAAAUUGAAUACUGACCACAAAGUAGCUGUUAAUGUCAAAA